UGCGUAUGUCCAAGUCCACCACACUCCCUUAGGCCUUACCCACAAACCAUUUCAAUUACCACGCCACCCACCAAUCUCCCCAUCUCCACAAAAAUGUCAUCGGCCAUAGUCGCAGGCUCCUCCGCCGCCUUCGCCAGAACCUCCAUCGGAGCCCCACCCUUUCCAGCUCCCAACCCAUCUCUGUCUCUUCAGAAAAGUGCUUUCCAAGGGGUGUCCGUACAGGAGGCCAAGAAGGGGGUCUCGCAUUGGUUCGUGGCUGAGAAUGGAGCGCCCAGAGGGAAGACAUGGAAGGGGCUUGAAAUUAAGGCGGCUAAAACGGCUGGUGCUUCCAAGACGAUUGAGGUUGAAGUUGAUAAGCCAUUGGGGCUCACUUUAGGCCAGAAACCUGGCGGUGGGGUUGUCAUCACUGGAGUGGAUGGGGGAGGAAAUGCAGCUAAAUCAGGGCUUAAGGCAGGAGACCAAGUUCUAUACACUAGCAGCUUCUUUGGUGAUGAAUUAUGGCCUGCAGACAAGCUGGGUUUUACCAAAACUGCCAUUCAAGCCAAGCCUGAUUCUGUCUACUUUGUCGUUAGCAGAGGUGCUGAGGUCGAUGUUAAACGUCUCCCGAAGCGACCUGCACCGCCUCGAUUUGGAAGAAAACUCACCGAAGCACAAAAAGCUAAAGCAACUCAUAUAUGUCUCGAUUGUGGAUACAUUUACACUUUAUCGAAACCUUUCGAUGAGCUGGCUGAUGGGUAUGUAUGCCCUCAAUGUAGAGCGCCAAAGAAGAGGUUUGCUAGAUAUGACGUGAACACAGGGAAGGCAGUAGGAGGAGGUUUGCCGCCAAUUGGUGUCAUUGCUGGCUUGGUUGCUGGUAUUGGUGCUGUUGGAGCAUUGCUUGUUUAUGGCCUUCAGUGAUAUCAUUAUACACUCGUACCUCAAAUUAUAUUAAUCUUUUUGUUCACAAA